AUGGACGACCACCCGUCUUCUCUUCGUAAUCGAGAUCGUCUCUCCCCUCCGCCUGGAGAAUCACUGACUAAUCGUGAUAAUGCUUCAACGGAGCAGCCUCUUUCGCCGGAAAAUGAAAGGAUUGUUUCGGGGAAUCCUUCUCCGGAAGCAGCUGUCAUAAAACGCCCACAAUCUUCUGCUACUGUUGCUCCGGAUCUUACCAUUGUUCCACCGCCACCACAGCAGCCCAAUGCUUAUGAUUAUUUCUCACAUGACCAAACAAUGGCAGGUUAUGCUGGCUAUGGUAAUAGCACUGGUGUUUGGGAUGGGUAUUCUCAACAUCUUAAUGCGGCUGAUGGCAUGCAUUUAUCUCCGAUUAUCUACAAUGAUAAUCAAUCUCUCAUGUUUCAUUCUGGAUAUGGCUAUAAUCCUGAUAUGGGAUAUGGGCAAUAUUCUCCUAUGGCUGCACCCCUGACUCCUGUAAUGCUAGACGGCCAGUUAUACUCACCACAACAAAUUCCAUUCUCGCCAUUUUACCAUCCGAAUGUGCCUUCUUCAGGUCCUUUAGGCCCAUCUGAGCUAAUGUCAUCGGAAAGCAAUAGUGACAACUCCUUUUUUGGAACAGGAUCAGGUUACUUGGUACAUUAUGGAUCAUUUGGUGGAGGGAACAUAUCUGGGGCUCCUGGCUCUGGUUCCUUAACAUCUCCAUCUGCUUAUCCUCAACCAAUGGGCAUACUUGGGCCAUAUGAGCACCAUGUUGCACAGGGUUCUCAGCAAAGACCAUUGCAUGGAUAUGGAUAUACAUCAUCUCCCUCUGUUGGACAUUACCAGCAUGGUAGCUCUUAUCAGAGCUCUAGUUUUGGUAGGGGUUCAAUUUCUUAUGCGGGGGCUAAUGACAGGACACGAGUUGGACUUGAUAAAGGCAGGAGGAGGGAGAGAGACCAGGAUUCAAUUUAUUCUUCUAAUGAUUCACUUGGUUUUGACCGUAAUCGAGGACCAAGGGCUUCAAAACUUAAGGGAAAGAACACCACUGACCAGCUUUCCUCUUCUGGUAAUGGCAAAAGCAAUUCAGAUAGCUCUGGGAUUCGGCUUGAUUUAUAUAACCAGCCAGAUUUUGUCACUGAGUACGAGAAUGCCAAGUUCUUUAUAAUCAAGUCUUUCAGUGAAGAUAAUGUUCAUAAAAGUAUUAAAUAUAGUGUUUGGGCAAGCACGCCACACGGGAACAAAAACUUGAUGCUGCUUAUCGUGAAGCAAAGGAGAAAGAAGGAAACUGUCCAGUCUAUCUCUUGUUUUCGGGGCAAUGUGACUGCUGGGAACCUGGUUGCAUCUUGGACUGGCUGUCUAUGGAUAGGAAAGAGCAUCCACUUUCAUGGGGCAUCGCUUUCUGCUGUUUUUAUGUCCAGCUUUUCGCGUUUGGGUUAUGAGCCUUCUGCUGUAUCUUAUCGUGGGUCAAUAAAGGGGAUAAAUUCUAAAAUUGGUGAUCAAGACUUUGAAGCUGAAUUAGAACAUCACAAUCAUUUUAAUGAGCAACCUGUUUCUGCAACCUAUGUCAAUGCUAGUGGACAGUUCUGUGGAGUUGCGGAAAUGGUUGGACCUAUGGAUUUUGAGAAGGAUGCUGAUUAUUGGCAACAAGAUAGAUGGAAUGGCCAGUUCCCAGUCCAAUGGCAUAUUAUCAAAGAUGUUCCAAACAGUCGUUUCAGGCACAUACUACUUGAAAACAAUGAUAAUAAGCCUGUUACUCACAGUCGAGAUUCUCAAGAGGUGAAACUAGAACAGGGCAUUGAGAUGUUGAAAAUUUUCAAGGAUCAUGAUGCGCCUACGUCUAUCCUGGAUGAUUUUGAAUUUUAUGAUCAAUGUGAGAUAGCUUUGAAGGAAAGGAAAGCCAAACAACCUAGUUUGAAAGUAGAUAGUCCAGGUUUGCUUGCUGAUGAUACCAUAAAUCAAAUGUCUGAUAGUCUUGUGCAAUCUCUCCAGUUAGAUGAUGUUAAUAAGGAACCAGCAGCCAGAGAAGAGUUUGCUAGCUUAAGACCUGGUAUGGAGGUUUUACCGGCUAAUAAUUGCAGCAAUAAUGCAGUGGAACUUGCUAACGAUUCCAACAUUUUGGUUUCAAAAGCUGAAGAUUCCAACAAUCAUAACUUCCCUCCUGCUUUAAAGUCAAAAGAUGGUAGCGUUCGGGCCUUGAAUGAAGCAAAUGUAGUCAAAGCAUAUGGAGAUACCAAUCACAGCAAGAAAUGGCCAUGUCCAUAUGCUGCCAGUGUUGUCAUGUCAUCAUCGAUGAGCAUAGCUCCUCUGAAAGAAGUCGUACCGGAAACUGGAGAAGAAGUCGAUGCUGAUAAGGUCCAAUUAAACACAGUUCUAGUAGUUAAGGCUGGUGAAGUUAUACCCAUUGAUGGAAUCGUUGUAGAUGGUAACUGUGAAGUGAAUGGAAAACUUUAA